GGAAUUGCACAACCCCCAGCAUAUCUCAACCGUCCUGCCCAAGUCCAGCCAUGCCCAAGAUCAUCCUGGCUCUGUUACUUGGGGUGCUGCUGUCUGAGCUGAGGCUGCCAAGUGAGGCCAGGACACCACCCUAUGGUGUCAAGCUGUGUGGCAGGGAGUUCAUCCGCGCAGUCAUCUUCACUUGUGGAGGAUCUCGCUGGAGACGGGCAGGAAAUGUCGGUGCCCUCCCCGGAGGAGAUUCUGCAGAAGCCUUUGCUGCAACUUCCUCAUCCAAUGAAUGGGUCCCGAUCCAUGCCCUGCCGAAAGAUCCGUCUGACUAUUAUGGGAGCUGGCAUGGCCAGCAGAGCCACAGCCCCUCGGAGGAAACCUGGAGCUUUGACCGUGCAGCCCGAGAUGUUUUGGCAGGACUGAGCAACGCCUGCUGCAAGUGGGGCUGUAGCAAGAGUGAAAUCAGCUCCCUGUGCUAAAGGGCGGCAUGUGAGGUUGAGUGUGGGUGUGGGUGUUUGGCAAAAAGGGAAUUGAAAUAUUCAGAUAUUUGUAAACUUGAAGCUCAGGCCAUCAGACACAAAAAUGUGCACACAGCUGACCAUAAAUAUCUCUAUUAAAGCUCCACCCCUUUCACCAAGCUAGGAAAAUGUACCCAAGAAUUAUAAUUCCCAGCAUCCUGUGAGACAAGGUCUAAACCACUGAGCCUCUUGGGCUUGCCGAUCAGAA